AUGGCGGACAAGGAAGCUGCAGUCAUGCAUCUGGAGGACCAGCGGGCCCAGGGAAUCUCUGCCGACGAUGCAGAAUUCCUAUCGAACUUUUCGAAUGAAGAAAAGAAAAUAGUUCUCCGGAAGGUCGACAUGAGGCUUGUUCCUAUGUUUGUUCUCCUGUACUUGGUGGCAUAUAUUGACAAGACAAAUAUUGGUAAUGCGAAAAUCGAGGGCCUUCUCCCAAGUCUAAACAUGGACGGAAUACAGUACAACAUCGCCUUGUCGAUUUUUUUCAUACCUUAUGUCCUUGCUGAGGUGCCGAGCAAUAUAAUAUUGAACCGACUUAAGAGGCCGUCGCGCUAUCUGGGAUUUCUGAUUGCCUGCUGGGGUAUCAUCAUGCUCUGUACGGGCUUUGUUCGAAACUUUGCUGGUCUAGUCGUGAUUCGUUUCCUAUUGGGUCUAUUUGAAGCUGGUUUUCUCCCCGGUGCCGUACUCGUGAUUUCGAAAUGGUAUCUUCCAAAUGAGACGCAGACCCGUAUUGCUAUUCUUUACACAUCUGCUGCUUCCGGCGGUGCCUUCUCGGGCCUACUGGCAUUCGCGAUUGCCAAGAUGGAUGGUAUUGCAGGCUACGAAGGCUGGCGCUGGAUAUUUAUCAUAGAGGGCCUCGCAACUAUUCUCAUGUCCGUGGCUUGCUAUUUGCUCCUUCUGGACUCACCAUCCUUGUCUCCCGGUUGGCUUACACCAGACGAGAUUCGAUUCCUUGAAGUGCGUCAACUAGCCGCCAAUAAUCACGGCAGUCACCACGAGGGAUUCGACAAAAAGGUCAUCCUCAGCGUCCUCGCCGAUUGGAAAAUUUACCUCCUCAUUCUCGCCAAUUGGUCCAAUGCUGUUCCCAACUAUGCACUCAAGUUCAGUAUGCCUGAGAUCAUUAAAUCCAUGGGGUACGAAGCAGCCAACGCCCAGCUCCUGACCAUCCCCCCAUAUUCGGUUGGCGCUUUAUCAGCUUACGGGUUCUCCGUAUUCGCUGAUCGUUUCUCAUGGAGAAUGCCUUUUAUUGUGGUACCCCAAUUGUCACUCAUUGUGGCGUUCGCAAUACUAUUCAGCAAGGCUGCCGAAAUCGAGAACAACAUAGCGCUCUGCUAUUUUGGCGUUUGUCUUGCCUGCUUCGGGAUGUAUCCUAUUCUUCCUGGUGUCAACGCAUGGAAUGUCUGCAACAUCCCAAAUCCUCAUAAACGAGCCGUGGCUAUUGGCUAUCUUAUUUGCGUUGGUAACGCGGGUGGUAUAAUUGGGAGCUACAUCUACAAAACAGAUGAGGAGCCGCGAUAUCCUACUGGCUAUGGAACUUCACUUUCGUUCGCCGUUGCCGGAGUCAUGGCGUGUUUAGCCUUGGAAUUCUGCCUCUGGAGAGCGAACAAAGCGAAAGACCGGAUGGCCAUGUCUGAAAUUGAGGCGAGGUAUACCGAGGUUCAGCUUCGUGAAAUGGAGGAGAAGAGUCCUCUCUUCAAGUAUACAUUAUGA